CAGGCGUUUUGCCGAGAGACUGUCAAGACGUACAGCAGAGAGGUUCGACUUCGAGCGGAAUGUUCACGAUUCAACCUGAUCAUAACGGCUGGCCUUUCCAAGUCUACUGUGAUAUGGUGACUGAUGGCGGUGGUUGGACGGUCUUCCAACGCCGUUCGAAUGGUUCCGAACAGUUCCGACGCGGCUGGGCCAGCUAUCGGAGGGGCUUCGGCUCACCCGAUGGCGAGUUCUGGCUCGGCCUUGAUCGACUACAUCGACUUACGUACCAAGACGAAUACGAACUCAGGGUCGAUAUGUCCGACUUCGACAACAUCGCAGUGCAUGCUGGGUAUACAUGGUUUAGGGUAGACGGCACAGCGUCCAAUUAUAGGCUACACGUUGGAGAAUACCAUGGAAUCGCAGGUGAUGCACUGUCCUACCACGAUGGUCAAGAGUUCAGCACGAAAGACCGCGACCACGAUUCGACCAAUACGAGCCACUGCGCCAGAGACUCCGGCGAAGGAGGGUGGUGGUUUAAUCGCUGCCUUGAGGCCAACCCGAACGGUCUCUACCUCGGAGGCCACACGGAAAGGACACGAGAGGGCAUCGUGUGGACACCAUGGAAAGGGGCGAAUUACUCGUUGAAGACGAUACAACUGAAAUUGCGCCCAGUUGCAGAUUAAAGGGGAAAGAAAAUACAGCGGCAGUCAUGGUCCAGCUACAUUGUGUAGCCAGUCACAUCCAGAAGAGACAGAUACUCGAUUGAAUAAAUAAGGACACUGAAAGAGAUUUGGUGAGGACCCCUAAAGACAAAGAAGUGUCAACCAGAAGUCAACAAGAGGAGCGAUUUGUAGACUUGUGGUCUGGCGAUAUGACCGACAUUAAAGAAGCCAAAGAACUUGGCUACAUGCUGCGUAUUACGACAUUAGACGAUUUCAAGAUCGGUUUUCUUUUUUUUUUUCAUUAUGGCAAUGUGACUAAAGUUUGAGGGAAACAUACGCCUCCAGGUUACCUCAAAAGUCAAAUGAUAAAAUACCUGGUGAUUUUUUUUUCUUCAGAGAAGUCACUCCGAACUAUUCAACAACUCUCGAUGACAACUAGGCUAACAAAAUUGUAAUGCGCUCGGGUUUGAUGAAGGUCUUGUUUGUAACUAGCUUUCAUAGUCAGGUUUUGGAAGAUGGUAUUGCCUAAGCCUGUUUAUGAAAGUGGUUGGUUAAGAUUAUCAUGGUUAUUGUUAUUGUAAAUACUAGUUGAAAAUAUGAACACGUUCAACCCAUGAAGCUCACUUUUAACCGGUAUCUGAGCUCAAAACAAAUUGAAAGGAAAGUGUGCAUACCAGACCAGUAACUUGUAAACAUGUAUUGCUGUGACGGGCUACCGACAGUUUAUAGUAGAAUAAAAGGCUGAAAAUUAGAUGAUCUAGCAUGGUGCAUUCAUGACAUAGGUAGGGUUGAAGUCGGUCUAUUAUGUGGAAGACAACAGGAGCCGUUGAUAAAAGAGUUGCAUUUAAUCGCAACUCAAAAUAUCAAAGGCAAGUCCCUAAUACGUCCCAUAUAAGACCAAAGUCCCUUUGAGAAUCAAGUUGUGUUUGAUUUUUGGACUUACGAUUGUUUGAAGCUGUUUUUGUAACGGGUCACAGGUCUCAGGACGAUGGAAACUAUUCGAGCAUGAACACUCCAGCCAAUGACAUGCGGACGACGGGUUUAUUUCCCGCUCUUGGGAUGCAUCGCUACGUUCUGUUUGCAAAACCACAUCUAAUUUGUACGAAUAAUAAUGUCAUGAAAACCAGGAAUGAAGUACAUGAUUCGAUAAGGUUUUUUUUUUCAUUGCAGAGUUUUCGCUCCACUCUUCACAACGGGUUCAAGAAGACAGUAAAUGUGUUCAAAAUACCCAUCAAAUGACAAGGAACAGCUAGGAGGCCUUUGUCGAAACUUGGUGAAACGGACAAGUAGUUUCGUCUUACAUUUUAGAACUAACGAAAAAUUGCAAAUAUGUCGUUUGUCCAGAGCCCAGGACGAAACUGCUGUUUGAUUCACCAAUUUUCGACAAAGACUUUUUUGUUAUUCUUUGUCACGAAGGGCAUUGACAAUACAUUUCCUAUGUUCUUGAAUCUGUCGUGCGUGUUGAGCAAACACUCCCCAUUGUCUUCAGAUUUCGCGUAACCAUAAGAAGUAUCUUAAUGAAUGAACAAGAAAACUGAAUAGAGAAUUCACUUUAAUAAUAUUGUGUAUUUAUCAUGUUUAUGCGCCGUUUUAUGUAUAAUAUUUCCGAACUUCAAAUGUGGCGUAGAUUAUACUCAGAUUUUCUGACUAUUGCCUUUACGUGUAUUAUGUACCAGGUGCUGUGUAAAUGGAAAUAUUUUUAGAUUUAACUUAUUGAAUAUGCUUUUUUAAUUAUAGAUUUCAAUCAUGUUAUGUACUGUUUAUAUGUAAUGCUUAUACUCGUUAGACUUCUAUUGCCAUUAUUUUCUAAUGAUAUAUGGUUAGUGUUUAUUGUAUAUCUAUAGUCAGUCCAACUGUGCGGGAGUGAAACAUUCGUCAGGGGCCUUGUUAACUUGUGUGUUAUAGUGGGAGUGGAAUCCACUCAAAAAUUGAUUAAAAUAAUCAUGUGGACUCUUUAACUCGUAAAAAUAUAUGGAAUUAAAUUUUACUUAAACAGUAAUAACUGGUAUUGUGAUAUCUAUUAUCUAUCAAUUUAUUUACAUUAAUUUAUUUUGGGUACUUCUAUAAAGACCGAUAUUUACAAAAGCUCGCUUUAUUUAACGACAACACUUACAUAAUAGGCCUAUAGCACAUGUUAUUUGCUUUAUCAGAAGUCUUUGAAUGUUACACAAAAUAUACAUUUUUGUACAAUAGAUACUUAAAUUAAUUGCUAUUUGUGAUAAAGGACCACCAUUUUCAAAAGAUUUUUUGUUCCUUAAGGGCCUUUUCACACGUGAAUCUUG